CUUGGUCUUCUCCUGCCUUAUCCUGUCAGUGUUUGCCACCAUCAGCGAAUAUAAAGACAACUCAGAAAACGCUUUGUACAUCUUGGAGAUUGUGACUAUUGUGGUUUUUGGAGUUGAGUAUAUUGUGCGGAUAUGGGCCGCUGGAUGUUGCUGUCGCUACAGAGGAUGGAGGGGGAGGUUAAAGUUUGCCAGAAAGCCUUUCUGUGUCAUAGAUAUAAUGGUGCUGAUUGCCUCCGUGUCGGUGCUGGCAGCCGGAUCUCAGGGGAAUGUCUUUGCCACCUCGGCCAUCAGGAGUUUGAGAUUCCUGCAGAUCCUGCGUAUGCUUCGGAUGGACCGCCGUGGAGGCACCUGGAAGCUCCUCGGAUCUGUCGUUUAUGCCCACAGCAAGGAGCUCAUCACAGCCUGGUAUAUUGGUUUCCUGUGCCUCAUCCUGGCUUCCUUCUUGGUCUAUUCUGUGGAAAAAGAGUCCAAUGAGGAGUUUGAGACGUACGCUGAUGCUCUGUGGUGGGGACUGAUCACGCUCACCACCAUUGGUUACGGUGAUAAAGUUCCCAAAACGUGGAAUGGACGCUUGCUGGGAGCUGCAUUCAGCAUGAUAGGCGUGGCUUUCUUUGCCCUUCCUGCAGGCAUCCUGGGCUCUGGCUUCGCCCUCAAAGUUCAGGAGCAGCACAGGCAGAAACACUUUGAGAAGCGCCGUAACCCUGCAGCGGGCCUCAUCCAGGCUGCCUGGAGGUUUUAUGCCACUAACCUCUCCCGUACAGAUCUGCUGUGCACUUGGGAUUUUUACGAGCAGACUGUCGCUGUUCCCAUGUAUAGAAUCAUCCCACCACUGAAUCAACUGGACCUGCUGAGGAAUCUGAAGGGAAAGUCAUUCAGGAAAGAUUCUCAGGCAGAAACCUCACCCAGUCGGAAAGCCAGUCUGAAGGACAAGGUGUUUCCCAGUCCUUCCAAAGCCCCMGUGGCUAAGGGGAAAGCCCCCUCUCCAGGGGCAGAAGACGGCGCUGAAGCCAGCCCGAGCAAAAGCACCAAGAGCUGGAGYAGAGUCCGAGGAGGCGCCUCUCGCCAAAACUCAGAUGUGCUGAUUGAAAUGCAGGAUGAAGACUUUGGACUGAAGAGUUCUCCAGCAAUUGAAGGUUUAAUAAAGGCGAGCCUCCCUGGAGAGGAAAUCGGUGAUGAUAAGAGCUGCCACUGUGAGUUUUUCACYCAGGAAUUACCUCCAGGACUCAAGAUUACUGUUAGGGCUAUUUGUGUCAUGAAGUUCCUGGUGUCAAAGAGGAGGUUCAAGGAGUGUCUGCGGCCUUAUGAUGUGAUGGACGUGAUUGAGCAGUACUCUGCAGGCCAUCUGGACAUGCUGUGUCGCAUUAAGAACCUGCAGUCCAGGAUAGAUAUGAUUGUGGGGCCCCCUCCCCCAACAACACCGCGCCAUAAGAAGUCCACUGAAGGUCCUAGAGUUGACCAGAUUGUUGGUAAAGGCUCCAAAGUGGAUGGAGAGGGAGCGGAGGACCAGAGCAUGAUGGGACGACUUGUCAAAGUGGAGAAACAGGUUUUCUGCAUGGACAGGAAACUUGAUUUCCUGGUCAAUGUGUAUGUGCAGCGCAUGGGCAUCACUCAUUCAGAAACAGAGGCCUUUUUUAACUCCAAGGAGCCGUACCCAGCACCGCCUUACCACAGCCCGGAGGAGAUGAAGGAAGAGAAGGACGAAGACGAGGCGACCAAGGUGGAAAAGAAAGCCAAGACAUGUUCCGCCAUGGCAGACGUCUCCUGUUCUGAUAGUUCUCUGGAAAAGAAAGAUCCUUUACUCGGUCAGUCUGUGGUGCGGUCGGUUGGCACUCCAUCCGGCAGCAACAGCCGUCCCUCCACUUCCUGGCAGCACCAGCUGCAGCACCCCCUCAGCCAGCCUGCAUGGGGCAGCAGCAUGGCCAACACCCCUUCGCCCAUCUUAGCCGUCGGUGACCAGUCGCCCACCGUCUUCCGUUUGCCUCCACCGCCCGCGUCGACACAUGACAGGUCGUCCUCGGGCGCGUGCAGGAGCGGCAGGGAGAGCAGCUCUCAGGGCAGGUGGCGCCACAGGAGGCACAGGUGUCAGCACGACGCCACGGCCGUGGAGAGCGACACCUCCUUCUCCAUCCCGUCUGUUGACCACGAGGAGCUGGAGCGCUCCUUCAGCGGCUUCAGCAUCUCUCAGGCGAAAGAGGACUUCUUUGGGCCGUCUUUCUUUGCGGGCUCAGGAGGAGGAAGCGGUGCAGCGGCUGAAGCUGUAGGCGGACGCUCAACCGCCGUCCGACCAUUCAUAGCYGAAGGGGAGUCGGAUACUGACUCGGACCUGUACGCUCCGUCGCCGCUGUCCUUCACCGGAGAGGCGUCCUGUGGUGAGAGGGGCUGGCCGGGAUUGAAGUAGGCCAGAGGACUGCUCUACCCAUGCUGGAGGUCACACAUCAGUGCCAAUACGAGAUCAUCAGACCUCGUGUCCAACCGGCUUACCGUCCACUAUGAUGAUGUUUUAGACAAUUCUGAGUGGAUUCACAUGAGAGGCUGUGCAUUAUGACAGAGGUUAUGUUACUACAAGUGAUAGUCAGAUGACCUUCGAAAAAUCUGAAGUCAUGUUUUCUCACUUUUUCUGUUUAUAAUCAAACAUUUCACUAGUAUUGACUACUGACAGCUGCUUCAUAUAUUUUAAAAUAUUGGAUAAACGUUGAGGCCCUAUCAAUACCAACACCGAUAUUUGGCAAAAAGAUGAUGUUCAACUGUGCUGGCAGUUCAAAUCCACAACUGUCAGCAUUUCUGGAUUUGGAAAAAAAUCCUAAAAUCUCCAUUAAUGCUUUAACUCGAUAGUUGGAGAUUAUUCCAACAUUUUCCUCUAUCCUCUCUAAUAUUUCUUUCUUAUAAACUUCAAGUGGAACUAAAAACGUAAGACUGAGAGCAAAUGGUAGCCAGUGUCAAAGCAAAGGAUGGCUUGAAUUUGGAUGUGUUACUGUUGAUAUUAUUGCCUCCUACUGGCACAACUGAGGUACUACAACGUUUUUGAAUCCCAGAUCACAAACGCAGAUUUUWUUUCUUCAUCAGUUCAUAAAAUUACGUGGAAAAGUUAAGACCAGACAUAAGAUUGAUGAAGAUUGUAUUAGGUAAAGAGUGAAAUAUAAACCUUUUGCACUCUGCUGAUAUCUGAAUAUGAUUUGAUUGUCAAAGUUUUUUAAAAGUUCAUAACGCCAUUUUCUUUUUACAUUUUGCAUUUGAAAAAGAAAUACUGAGAGUUUGUGUAAUGCAAAGUUGUUGGCAUAAYGUCCUGUAAAUUUCUAUACCUUUGGAUGACUUGAAGUAUUAUGAUGCCAAACCUGUUGCUAUGGUAAUUGGUUAGAUUCUUGCAGAGUAAAAACAAAUAUGCUUGCUUACAACAUGGUUAAUUCAGCCUGCAGUAAAAAGAAAAAGACAWAGAAGCAACUCCCCUUAAAUUAAUGCCAAUGUUUGCACAGCGGUAAAACAGAGAACCUCCUGCAUGGCAUGUUAAACGGUUGAUUUUAGGACUGUUAGGUAGACUACAAACCAAAGCAGCAGCAGCAAAAAAGACACCUCAACUACGUUGUCUGCAGAGACAAAGGGGUGAAUAAAACAUGAAGUAAAACAUGAUAUGCAUGCGCGAGUGGUUUCAAGCCUACGUUUUUAAUGCUCCUAAAAGGCUUUGCUUGAUUUCCAAUCAUGCAAAUGCUGCCUGAGCUUGCAAAAUUCAAAAACCAAUACAAUGUUUUUGGGCAGACUUGAGUGCAAAGUUAAAAAAAAAGGGCUGAGUUUGAUGCAGCUUAUAGAUUUUUCUGGGUUUCACACCAAAUAAAUCCUUGAAGUUGGAUUGUGUAACCUUACUCAGACAUGAUGGUGUUUAUCCUGAACUCCAUUGAUCUUUCCAGUAGAUUUUCUCUUGCUACUUUGGUUCUGCAACAAAAAAAGGAAAUGCAAUAAAAAAGCAAACAGGGCAAAUGAGAACCAUCUAUAAACACUCAAAGCCUUAUUUUCAACCGGCUCCAUUUUAUAAUUAAAUCAAUCAUUUCAUUUUUUAAUGUUUUGUAAAAGAGGUGACAGUUGAUCUUCAGUCAGUCUGAUUUAAAAAACAGAUUAAACAUUUUCAUUUCAAUUCAGUUYAAACAUGCAGCAUUUAAGGAUUUCUGUCAUGAACAGCUCCUAUUCAUUAUAACCAACCCCCAACAUUUUAACAUUAAUACUCUAACAUGAACAUCAUAUCAAGAAAUAUAAUUUAUUAGAGACUGUUAGUACAAAGUCCACCUUUUACCAAAAGUAAAAUAAAGACAAAAACCUGCAGGCAUGUUUUUUAAUAGCAAAUUGAUUCAAUCUAAAAGGUUUUGGACCUGAGAACGGAUUCAAGUUCAACACAUGAUGUAACKGCUGCACCUUCAUCUUCUUCAAGAAUAAAACUUUGUACCUUACUGAAAA